AUGCCCAUCGUCGUGCACCACCUCGACGACUCGCGCUCGCAGCGCAUCCUCUGGCUGCUCGAGGAGCUCGGCGUCGAGUACACCAUCCAGCACCACAAGCGCGGCGCCGACCGCCGCGCGCCGCAGAGCCUGCGCGACGUGCACCCGCUCGGCAAGGCGCCCGUCAUCACCGACGGCGCACGCACCGUCGCCGAGAGCGGCGCCAUCGUCGAGUACCUCAUCGCCACGUACGGCGAUGGCCGCGGCGUGCCCACGUCGCCCGAUGCGCGCCUCGACGACUCGUUCUGGUCGCACUUUGCCGAGGGCUCGCUCAUGCCCACGCUCGUGCUCAAGCUCCUCUUCGGCACGCUCCUCCCGACGCAGUCGCCGUUUUUCGUGCGCCCGCUCGUCAAGAUGAUCUGCGGCAGCGUCAUCGGCGGCUUCAUCGACCCCGACCUCAAGAGCAAGAUCAGCUUCGCCGGUGCCGAGCUCGACAAGAAGGGCGGCGGCGCCGCGUGGUUCGCCGGCGGCGACAAGGACGGCAACCCGACGGCCGCCGACUACCAGAUGCUCUUCCCGCUCGAGACGGGCGUCAUGGGCGGCCGCUCGCCCGUGACGCCGCCGGCGCUCGUCGAGUACGUCAAGCGCUGCCAGGAGCGCCCGGCGUACCAGCGUGCGCUCGAGAAGGGCGGCCCGUACGCGUAUGGCCCGUCGAGCUCGAAGCUCUGA